UUUGAUGUAGGUGUGUCAUUUUUGUCUCAGCGGGCAUGCGAGCUGGCGAGCCAUGUGAACGGCACGUUGUGGAACACGUAGUCAUCCAGAGUGACAUAAUGUCGCACUGUAGACGUACGCUUUUCACCGAUCUUCAUUGCUCGAUUUCAAGUGUCGUGUACCUGCAUGUUUGGACAAAAUAGUGAAAGAUAAAGGCUGGAUCGACUUCACGAAUCGUCUUCUAUAUAUGGUCGAUCAGCACACCCAGCAAGCCCCCAGUAUUGUAUACCACCCUCUCAAGUUUCAACAGCCAUACACUGCACAGCCAGCCGCACGUCGCGCGCGCCAUGGUUGUCGACGACGCCACCGCCGGCAACGGCAUGCCCGUGCACAGCUACCGGCUGUCGACGGUGGUGCCGGGGUCGGUGACGGGGGAGGCGGUGGACUACGAGCUCGCCGACGCCGACCUGCUCCACAAGCUGCACUACCUCCGCGCGGUGCACGUGUUCCGCGCCCCGGCGCCGGGCGCCGCCGCGGUCACCGUCCGGGACCUCAAGGAGCCAAUGUUCCCGUGGCUGGACAUGUACUUCCCCGUCAGCGGCCGGCUCCGGCGGCGCCAGGCGGAAGCCGACGGCGAGAAAGCCGAGGCGGCGGCGGGGCGGCCGUACGUGCGGUGCAAUGACUGCGGCGUGCGCAUCGUGGAGGCGGCGUGCGACGCCACCGUGGACGAGUGGCUGGAGGCGGAGGCGGAGCGCGGCGGGCUGAGCAAGGCGCUGGCCUACGACAAGGUGAUCGGGCCGGAGCUCUUCUUCUCGCCGCUGCUCUACGUGCAGGUCACCAGCUUCAAGUGCGGCGGGAUGGCCCUCGGCUUCACGUGGGCGCACCUCAUCGGCGACAUCCCCUCCGCCGCCGCCUGCUUCAGCACGUGGGCCCAGCUCUUCAGCGGCAAGAAGCCCCCGGCACCCACCCUGCGGGACCCACUAGCCCGGCCUCCGUCAGCCGCCGCACCUGCUGGCGUGACGGCCCCACCGUCGGUCAAGGCCACCGCCGCGCCCGUCGGCGACCACUGGGCGGUCCCCAUCACCCGCGACAUGGUGCCCUUCUCCUUCCACGUCACCGAGCAGCAGCUCGAGGGCCUUCAGCUCGGCCGCCAGGUGGGCACGUUCGAGCUGGUCGUGGCGCUGAUGUGGCGCGCUCUGGCCGCGAUCCGGGGCCCCGACGAGGAGGAGGCGACGCGCACGGUGACCGUCGUGAGAACCACCAACCCGGUGCCGGCGACGAGCGGCGGCCGCCUGGGGCUAACCAACGAGCACCGGAUCGGCCACGUCAUCGCGGUCGGCCCGUCGUCGCCGGCGGCGGCCGACGUCUCGAAGCUGGCUGCGCUGCUGGCCGGCGCGCGCCUCAAAGGGGUCGGCGCAGUCGCGGCCGCGGCGCUGGCGGGGGCGGAGGACGCCGACGUGGUCGUGUACGGUGCCAACCUGACGUUCGUGGACGCCGAAAGCCUGGACGUGUACGGGCUGGAGCUCGGGGCGUGGCGCCCCGCGCACGUGGAGUACGCCGUGGACGGUGUCGGUGACGGCGGCGCGGCCGUCGUGCACCGCGACGCCGGCGGGCGGGGCCGCGCCAUCGCGGGCGUCGUGCGCCGAGGCGAGGCGGACCGCCUCCGCGCUGCUCUGCGUGACGCGCUGCGCGUUGCUUGAUGAUGAUCGAUCGAGCUAUGUUGCUUUUCAGGUUGAAUAAAGAAUAGUCUUGCAGGCAGUUUAUUAUCUAUUGCUAGUUCAUUGGAAUCUACCGUAACAGAACCGUACGUGUCUUCAAGGUUUUCAAGUUUGAACUUUGAACUUGUAAAUCUAAUGCGUGUUAUGAACUUUUGAUAAUAUGAAUUUGCUAUGUUUGGUAGACA